AUGCUCGAGCAUGCUCCGUGGUGUGCACGCCAAUUCGGUCAGCGUCAGAUAAUCAGAUUCGUUUCAUGGCAGUCUAGACUGAAGAUUCGCGAGCGAAUCAGUAUUAUUAAUCGGUAUUGUUGACUCUGACAGCGGGUUCUGUCGUCGUCUCACAAUAAACCGCCGCGCGAAGCAACACCUUGUAAGCGCAAACGGAACACUUGCAUUUUACGAGCGAGCCGUCACGAAAAACGCGGCCCGACAUUAAACUCGGAACGCUUGCUAACCGCAGUUCGCAGGACGACUCGUAAGUUAUGUUACGCAGGCGAGUUCCAGUUGUUCUGGAAAACUGAGUUUUCUAGAAGGUUAGCUCAGCGGUCUCGAUUUAUCUCCAACGGCUCUGCAAAUUGGAAAUUGCCUUGCGCUCCAGCUCCAGUGCGCUUGGCUCGGAACGUUAUUGUUAAAUCCCCGACACAAUCACUUGGAAGCAUGGCAAAAUGGGGCGAAGGCGAUCCACGUUGGAUUGUGGAAGAGAGACCUGAUGCAACUAAUGUUAAUAACUGGCAUUGGACGGAGAAGAAUGCCUGUGCAUGGUCACAAGAAAAGUUGAAAGAACUUUUUAUAAAUUUCAAAAUUGAGGGAGAGGGAGUAUCAUGUAAAAUAACAGAAAUGGAAAAGUGUGAAGGUGAGGCGGUAGCAAAUAAUAGAAAAGGGAAACUUAUUUUUUUUUAUGAAUGGAAUAUUGUUCUUAAGUGGAUAUUAGAUGGAAACUCCAGUAAGGACAUUGAGGGUAAAAUUAAUAUUCCUAAUCUUUCUGAAGAAAAUGAUAUUAGUGAAGUAGAUAUUGAAGUUACAUUAAAAGAUAGUACAGAUGAAGGAGAGAAAGUUAAACAAUUCUUACAUACUAAGGGUAAAGAUGCAAUAAGAGAAAAAUUAAAGAAAUAUAUAUCUUCUCUAAAAGAAGAGUUUACGAAAGGAAUGAUACUUCCUAAAAAAGAUAACGAUAAAGAAAAGGAAAAUAUUUCUAACAUAACAUCUGGUUUUAAUAUUAAGAUGCAAAUGAAUGCUGCAGUAACUCCAACGAACAAUAAAACAGCAAACUGUAAAAUCUCAACCACUACGAUUAAACAAAACGUAAAAUUUCAAUGCAGAGCGGAUGAAUUUUACAACGUCCUCUCUUCGAUCGAGAUGGUACAAGCAUUUACGAAGAAUCCGGUAAAGCUAGAACCGAAGAAAAAUGGUCAAUUUGAGCUAUUCGGUGGCAAUAUUCAUGGCGAAUUUAUAGAGAUCACUCCAACGAAGAUUAUCCAAAAAUGGCGUUGUAAACAGUGGCCGUCCGGACAUUUCAGCGAUGUUACGAUCGAUAUCUGUGAAAAGAACGAUCAUACUGAGGUCAAUUUAACUCAGAGCGGUGUCCCAGUGAGCGAGGAGCUCUCUACGAAGGAGAAUUGGGACAGGUAUUACUGGGAUGCUAUAAAACGAACCUUCGGCUUCGGAUACUUCAUGUGAUCUAAAUUCACUCUAAUGGAUAUUUAUUUAUUGCUAAGUAGAACAAUCGUACAGAUUGCGUGGAUUUACACGCAGUCGCGCGAGCGCUUGACUUUUGCGGGAGCAUAGAUGAAGUCUAUGAUGCGGUGGAAAGGAAGCGUAUACUAUACAGGUUUACUCUGUUCUCUCUUCGUAUAUUUGGUACUGCCUUGUGUAAAACUAUAAAUUAAUAUCGCUGCGUGCUACAUUGCCGCGCGACAUUGCAAGUGACUUGUAUGUCUCUAUCUAUUAGAUGUGUCUGUCUAAUAAAUCAUGAGAUAAAGAUCAA